AUGAUCAAUCUGGUAAAAUUUUCUGGUCGAAAGAGAGGAUCGCCUAAAAAUGCCAACAAGAAAAUUGCAAAAAAAGGACCAAAAAGGACCGGGAAAAAAACGACCAAAAACGAGACGGUUCCAAUGAUCGCCUGUGCUGAGCAAAAAGUCCAGACUCCGACAUUCACUCAGCAAGAAAGCAACUCAUCGCAGAAGUAUGGAACUAUGAUCCCUAGUAGAAUCUUUGUUGGUGGAAUCGACUUUAAGACAUCGGAAGAGGAUCUCCGCGAAUAUUUCUCCAAAUUCGGUUCCGUCCGCGACGCAAGAAUCAUCCGAGACAGAGCCGAAGUUUCCAAAGGCUACGGUUUCGUGACGUACGACAAUGCCGAUGCAGUCAACAACGCGCUCGAAGAAAGUGACAAUCUUCAUCUUCACGGGAAAAAGUUAAACAUUGGCAGAGCUGUCAGGAAGCAACCAACAGGCAUUCCCUACAAUACCGAUCCAUUGAUGAACACUUGGAUGCUGCACCCAGGUGGAUACGCCUCCAUGACCAACUCGACUGGAGUCACUUACUUUGUUGCCCCGCAGAAUCAAAUGCCACUGCCUGGAUAUUCAAUGGGUGCAGGCGGUCAAAUCAUCGCCCCAUUAACCUACAUCCGCAACCCAACUACUUCCGCGAUCAGCUACAACCACCAAAUCAUGCAGCAGAUGAUGCGAUUCGGCGCGUUGCCUCAGUACUACGGGCCACAGCACGCCGCCGCUGCUCAAUACAGUCAAAUGGCUCAUGCUGCUGCUCAAAUGGCCGCUGCAGCCCAUGCUCAUCCAAUGUACUAUCCGGCAAUGGGCCAGCCAGACGAGUCUGACAGCACUUAUUCGGACUCGGACCCGUACCAGAAAUUUACCUUCGGGGACAAUCCCGCUAUCGUUCCAGGCGCUCCCCUCGGCGCAGCGCAUUUGACACCGCCCGACACGCCACAAGAAGAGCAAUACCAAGCUGCGUAA